AUGCCAACACUUGAUAACCGCAAGGUUGGAUUCAUUGGCCUGGGUGCCAUGGGUUACGGGAUGGCCCAAAACCUGGCUAGGAAGCUGCUGUCGUCAACAUCAUUGAUGAUCUUUGACAUCAAUCAAGACGCGGUCGAGUCACUAGCUACAGAGUUUCGCGGUUUAGUAACGAAGGGUACAUCGUCCCGGGAUGUCUUUGCAACUUGUGACAUUGUUAUCACUAUGUUGCCAGAGGGCAAGCAUGUCAAGGCCGUGUAUACCGGCAAGGAAAGUGGCCUUUCAUCGAUGAACCUGAAGGACAAGAUAUUCAUCGACUGUUCCACUAUCGACGUGGAGACCUGCCUCGCCGUCAAGGACUUUAUCACCGACAUCGAUGGAUCUGCAUCUUUCUACGACUCACCAGUUAGUGGCGGAGUUGCCGGCGCCAAUGAAGGCAAGCUGGCCUUUUUCGUUGGCGGGAGCGAGAGAGAUCCAGAGUUCAGUACCGUCGAACAGGUUCUGAGGCUCAUGGGAAUGCCCGAAAAGAUCGUCCCCUGUGGCAAGACAUCUGCAGGUCUCGUUGCGAAGCUCUGCCACAAUUACCUUGCUGGUGUAUUGAAUGUUGCAGCAGCCGAGACCAUGAACCUUGGUAUUCGUGCUGGCAUCGACCCCAAGGUGCUAUAUCGGGUGUUGGUCGCCGGGGCUGCUCGCAAUCGUCUAGUCGAGCAGGAUAAUCCUGUCCCGGGCCUGGCGCCAACGUCUCCGUCUUCCAAUGGCUAUAAGCCUGGUUUCAGAGCAAGCCUGAUGCAUAAAGAUGUUACUCUGGCCGUAGCGAUGGCCGAGGCAGCCGAUGCUAGACUCGUACUUGGACAGCAGGCACUGGAUACAUACACGCAAGCCUUACCAGAAUAUGGGGACAUGGAUUUUACAGUUAUUUAUCGUCUCUUUGCCGAUUAG